AACAUGUUUCUAACAUAUAAAAACAUUUUAAAAACGAUCUACUAAAACACUGCUUUCACUUUGAGGAAUUGCGACAUAUGAGUAUUUCCCACACUUUUUCCUCUACAGUUAUAGGAUAAGCAGGGCUGAGUUAUGCUGCUCUAAGGGUGCGCAAAAAAAUCGAUUCACAUAAGAAACGCGAUUCUAUCUCUGCCGAUUCAGAAUCGAUUCAGAAAUUCCAAGAAUCGAUUCACAUUUUUCAGUCUUGCCUCGGCGCUUUUUUUUCCAUUUUUUCCUGACAUGAAUUAGCUCGCUAAAUCCCAUAGAUGGCGCAAUGACGCCGCCCUGGACCCAAAUCCGGGGGCAAGAAGGAAGUGAAGUGUGUGUCAUGGAGAGGCUGUGGGCAAUGGAGUACCUGACAGAAAAACAAAUACAACCUGGUCCAUCGGCUAAAGGCGAUCAUUUGGACAAAUCCUGGAUUUUUUUAGGCCGAAGGGAAGAAGGGGCUUGACAAAACUAAUGCCAUUAUCAGGCGCUGCAACGCACUUCCGCAGCUGAUUCUGCUCACCAAGUCUGCUGAGCGAUAGCAGAGAAGAUAUAAAACCACUGUAGAAGAACAUCACAGACAGUCUAACCGGAUCUGCCUCACUUCUCAACAAACUCUUUCAUGAGCUAAGUCGACUCCGCUGUUUUCUCUGCCACACCGCUGAGGAAGCAAGCUGAACUGAAAGACGAACUGAAACACACAUCCUACUCGCUUUCUGAAGCGACCAAGAGCAAAUGGAUUCUUCCCAACUUCUCAUCCUAAUGGUGAUAUCUGCAUCUGAAUAUUCAGCUAGAGCAGAGCCCGCAUGUAAGGACCGGAGCUUGAAAUCAUUUGACCUUCUUGAAGGUGAAUCAUUUCAUUAUGACCCUUUGAGGCCGCAAGGGAGGAACCUCUCUGAUGAAGCAUUCAUGUGGUACAAAAAUAGCUCCCAGAUGGAGUACAUCUCCUCUGAUGAGAAAGAGAGGAUACAUCGCCACAGUGCUGCGCUCUUUUUCUUAAACCUCUCCACUGAGGACUCUGGUGUUUACAUUGGCCGGUAUAAAACUCCAACAGGAGAUUGUUACAAAUAUCCUUUGAAAGUUGACGUCUUCAAUGCAAGCUAUAGGAUGAAUGAAAAAUUACUCUAUGGAGAAAUUGAUAACUCUGACCAGAACAAAAUGGUCAGAUGUCCAGAUCCUCUCAGGAAAGUGUGUAAAACUAUGAAUGGAACAUUCACCUGGUACAAGGACUUCAGUAUUCUUGAAGGUGAACAUGAAGCUGACCUGUGGGUGUUUAAUGCCAGCAAAGAUCAUGAGGGCAUCUACACUUGCAUUUGUACCUGGAAACACAAUCACAUGGUGUACAACUCCUCAGGCUCCAGGAAGUUAAUAGUUAUGGAGCCUCUUGUUUACAAUCAAACACCCUUAAUCGUGUUAAACAAGGAGCAGAUUGCUGAUGAAGGCUCUGAGACCAAGCUGAGCUGCUCAGUUAUCUGUGGCUUUAAUGUGCGAAAAAACUGUAAGGCUAGCUGGAAUGUUAACGGAAUCCCUUUCAACAAGGCAGAUGGGUACAAUCAAACCAUCAACACAGUUGACGAAGAGCGUUCAAAGAAAACCAUCUCCACUGCAAUCCUGACCAUUGAAAGAGUGUCUGCUAAAGAUUUCCAGGAUGAGUUUAAAUGCAUUGGCGAUGGCUAUUAUGAGGAGGUGUCUGGCAUUUUAACUCUUAAGCAAAAAGAGACAAUAAUUCCACUGGUCAUUGGAGGGAUGUGUGCAUUCUUCUUGUGUGUGUUCGUGGCCAUCAUGGUCAAGUGCUUCGCCAUCGACCUUGCUCUCCUCUUCAGACCCUACCUCCCACUAAGCCAUCACAAUAAAGAUGCAAAGUCGUUCGAUGCCUACGUGGUCUACCAGAUGCAGAGUGGAGACAAUGUCACUGAGGACACACUCUGCAAGUUUGUCACAAAGAUUUUGCCCUCUGUGCUCGAGGAAAAGUGCGGCUAUCGACUUUUCAUCCAUGGGAGGGAUGACAUACCAGGGGAAGACCAUCUGGAGCUGGUGGAGGACCGUAUGAAGCAGAGCAGGAGACUGAUGGUUAUCCUCACCCCUGGUUCAGGAUCAGGGAUGGGGGUCACAGACAAACGCCCCACCUCGCCCCAAAACCCAGUAGUAGGAGGGUUUGACUGGCAGCUGGGGCUUCACCAUGCGCUGUUCCAGAGGGAAAUGAAUGUGAUUCUGAUCCAGCUGGGGGACACGGGGCCACAGGGAUACACACACCUUCCCCCUGGCUUGCAGCACCUGAUUCGCAGUAGCGCCCCCCUUAGGUGGCCAGAGGGUUCGAGGGGUGCUGCUGCAUGGAACUCGCGCUUUUGGAAGAGAGUGCGAUACCUGAUGCCUGCCAAGCCAGCCUCAAAAUCUCCACAGUCUGCUAUUAUCUGAAACCCUUAUGGACUGACACCAGUCCCAUAACACCCUUUACACAGAUGUGUGAAGAAAAUCACAGGUGUCAGUUGUAUGUAUACAGAAUGUCAGUAUAACGCAGAUAAGAUCCAGAGAGAUAUGAGAGUUUAGUUUCAAAAUUAUGUUUAUUUAUCCAUAAAAUAAUUAACAUUUCAGUGAUCACACCCAACCUACAUACCCACAAGAUAAUGUAAAAUAAAAACACAUAGAAAGUGUAAAAUAAACAUAACAUAAAAAAACAUACAACAUAAUGUACUCAACAGAAGGUAUAACCAUAAAAAUGUUAAAAUUCACUGAUGUCUGAGUAAUCUCUUCAGGAAGAAAGAGAUGAAACACAGUUUAGUGUAUAUCUGUAUGUAGCUGAUAUGAAAGACGGAUUAUCCGUGAAAAUCCAACGGAAGUGACAUUUUUGCACAUUCUCAAGUGCCUUGCCUCUCUACCGCUAAUGUCAACAUACGACUGGCAUAACCACACAACAACACAGCUCCAGGAGGUUGAAUGCACCUCAUUUAAUGGCCACCGAUUGUAAUUUUCUUGGCCAAUUCUGAUUUCCAGUUUUUUAAAAGUCUGACCUACUGAUUCCAAUUUUUGCAGAUUCUGAUUUUCUUUCUUUAUAAGAAUUACAUAAGAUUUUUUGGGAUUUUUGGACUUAAAGGUAUAACAAAUUAUGAGCUUUGUGUCAUCUUCACUCACACUUAAGAACUUCCACACCAACAACAUGUUGUGUGUGUGUGGCUACACUGUCUGUGCCGCAGCUGCCACUGUAUGUGUGAUGUGUAUUAUAGUGUGGCUAUGUUUGAAAAAUUUGACCGGCAAAAAAUCUUACAUAUAUGAGACAAAUCUGCCAGUCACCGAUAGCUGAUCAGCUGAAACCCAGCCGUUUUAGAUCAGUGGACAAUUCAUCAGUGCAUCUCUAAUUCAUAUAGCUAAUAUCUUAUGCCAAAUUAGAAGGGCCUGUUACAAAAAAAACUAACAAAAACAAACAAACAAAAAAAACGUAUACUUCUUUAUCAUUUAACAAGUCUGAGUCCUCAUCUCCAACGUCAGAGUCCGAAUGCAGUCAAUACUUGAGUCAUCAGUGCUCAAGUCCAAGUCGAGUCACAAGUCCUGAAAAUCAGUUCUGGACUCGAGUACUACAACACUGCACUGCAGUGUACAUUAUUAAAAGAAACAAUUAUCCAGUCUUUUUCUUGAGGAGGACAUUAGGUAUUGCCUGUCAACUGAAUGUGUCUGCUGCAAUAGAUAGGCGAGGUGUAGAAUACCUGUACUAUAGUCAUCAGUCAGACCUGCAUGCAUUCUUUCCAGCUGCUCUCCUUUGUAAUGCACAAUGAAAUGAAAUACUGUAUCAGGGCCAUAGCUGCCAUUGAAGACAUUGAUGUCAUGGUGUCUGCAUUUCUGGAAAAUUACGCUUUUUAACAACUUUUUUAGAAAGAUUAAUAUAAAAAAAUAUAAGUAAAAGUGUAUAUAUAUAUAUAUAUAUAUAAGGAAUAUGAACAAUUUUAGUGAGAGGUGUACACUGGGAGACUUUGCACUGGUGACUUUAACAUUUGUAAAAUCCUGGCUACAGCAACAUGGAAAAGAAAUACUGUUAAUCAGCUGAUGACAAGCUGUUGGAGAGCCAUAUUUUAAGAUGAUGAUUAUUUUCUGUUGUGGUUUUAUUUUCCACCAGGUUCUGAAUCUGUUGGUGGCUUUUGGAUCAUAACAAGGCUACAGCUAAGAAAGUAUGUACAGCUGUGAUAAAGAUUCAAGACUGUCAGUAGCUCAGACUACAGUCUUUAAUGUAAUCCUGCUUUUCCUCCGGUAGAUUAUAUAGAUAAUUCUGCAAAAUUUUGCAUUUUCUGAUGGUUUCAUGACCACUGUUCAAGGUGCUGAUCCUAGGACCUCCAGUGAUAUGGGAGCUGUCCAGGGUUUUCACAGGCAGGACUCUCACUGCUAUCAGUGAGAUGAUACAGCCUUUAUUUUAGGAAGCGCAUCUGUUCUUGUUUGUUUAUUGUGUUGUUUCCCUGCACCACUGAUAUUUUCAUUUAAUCUCGUCAACUUUGUGCUGAUAUCAGAGUUCUGCUGUCACUAGCUUGUACUGAUGUGAAGUUGACUCCUGAAUGUAGACGUCAUUUAUAUUCUGUGACCAUUUGUGUGGUUUUAUUUUCAAAUGAAUGUGUCAGAGGUGCAGAUUCUUUGAAAUCUAGCAUCUAUGUAUAGUCUGAUUAUGUAAUUAAUAGUGUGUAUAUAUGCUCUAUUGAGGGUUGUUCUGUAAAAUUUAAAGAUAACUGCUGGCUCUUCCGGUUUUUGAAGAUCAUACACAAUAAGCUACUACAAGGAGUAAUAAAAGUCCCCAAAUAUAUAAGAAUAUAAAUCAAUAUAAAAUGAACCAAUGUAACCAAUUUUUUUUUUUUUUUAAUUUUGGGGUCAUUCUUUUUUCUAGAAGACUAGCUAUAUUUGUUAUUUAUUUAAAAUUUGACAAUAAAAUCAAUUUCUGUCACAAACAUCUGCUUAUGAAUAAA